GAGACUCCAAAGCUUUCAUGGCCCUGCUCAAGAAUGCGGCUCGGGAUGUGGUGAUGAGGUACAUGCUGUCCUAUCCUCAGUUUGCGUACAGAUCCGGGGCUUCUACUUUGGAUGCCUACUGCGGACUACUGGGCGAGAAGAUUCCAUUGCUUAAAGGGGGGCUAAUGGUGGCCAUUGAUCUCAAGAAAGCUUUCGACAACGUCACCUAUCAGGAGAUGUAUAUGGCUCUCCGAGAGACUGGACUUGACGAGGCCCUGGUCAGACUGAUCGUGCAUGUGCACAUGGCUACUAGAUGUUCGGUUGUGUGUGGCUUGUUUGAGGGGUCCAGUGGUAUGUCCAAAGGCCUCAGGCAAGGCUGUCCAAUUGCACCGCUAGUUUAUCUGGCAUGGUCCAUCAGGUUUCUGCGGAUUGUCAAUCUUCGGUUGUCGGAGAGGUGGGAUCAGCAGCACGCCACUGUCUAUGCUGAUGAUAAACACCUUGCGUGGGAGAUUGAGAGUGUUGAGUCAUUGGACAGGGCUGUCAAAGAGCUUGGAGUGGUCAUGAGCGUGCUUGGAGAACUUGGCAUGGAAAUCAGCUUUGGCAAGUGUGAGGCGGUGCUAUCGCUGAAGGGCCUCAAACAACAGCAGGCCACGAAGAAGUACGUGAAGUUGCGCCAUGGAGUUCCGCAUCUGGUUGUCCGAACAGAUAAGGAGGUUCUCAUCCCCAUCAAGAAGGAGAUAGCCUACCUUGGAGUUCUGGUUUCGUAUGGCUCGUUUGAGUUCAUCACUGUGCAGCAUCGCUGCAGACAGUCUUGGUUGAGUUUCAAGUCUCUUGGAAGAGCAUUAAGAACCAACGGUGUGCUUUCCUUGUUAGAGAGGAUGCGCAUUUAUGUAGCUUGCGUGUGGCCAGUGGUUGAAUACGGGCUAAUCGGAGUGGGCGUGGACGGUCGUGGACUUCGGCUGAUUGAAAGCACAGUGGCUCAGCAGCUGCGCAAGGUUUUGCGAAUUCACGAACGAGGAGUUUCCAACCAGCAGGUUUUCGAGAGAGCCGGGUUAGAGCCUCGGAAUAUUCUGCAUGCGCGUUUGGCAGCCCAAGCACAGCGCGUCAUGGAAGCCGAGCCGCAGUCUGUUGUUUCGAGACAACGUAUGAGGGCAGUGCAAAUUCAGGAGUUCUUUCAGCGCACAGUUGAUUGCAGCGGCAGUACACUUACACCAGUAUCUGCGGCAAGUGGUUGUCCUUGUCCUGUCUGCGGUCUUUACUUUGAUUGCGAGGCUGGAGUUGCGCUACAUCUUCAACGGAGGCAUGCCGAGGUGCACAUGAGCUCCAAAAUUUCCUUUGACAGAGCCAAACAUACGGUUGACGGACUCCCAAAGUGCGUCUUCUGCCUGACCUUGCUUGGGGACAUGCAGGCGAUGGAGAAGCAUCUCGCGGCGGGCGGAUGUUCCGUUGUCAAGCAGGCUGUUGCGGAAGGACAAGACUUGGAGCAGCUUCGGUCGCCAUGUUGUUUGCUAUGUGGUCAGCGCGUGCUGGAUGUUCGCAGAAUCAAGACCCACUGGCAGGCGACACACAAAGCGGAGUGGGCUGCGCACUCGGCCAAUGCCGGCUAUGUUGAUGAAGGGUGUCCGGGAACGAAUUGGAGCUGCAUCACCCCAGGGCAAGACGCCACCCAGACCAACGCUGCCGAGAAGGAGCGAGCAGGCGUUCAGCAGGAGCGCAGCCGCUUCGGCUAUCAGUGCAGAACACCAGGCAGGGCCAGCUGUUUCGGAGAUGGACCGUGGCAGGGAAGUGGGCUCAUUGAGCACGACAGCACUCAAGCCUUCGAGACAAAGCAGAUGUCCUUCUUUGGCUCUCGCGCGAUUCCGUCUGAAGGUGUCGGGGAGGCGGAAGCCUUGUGGUCUCUCUUUUCUGGCUGGAGAUUCUCUCCUGUUCAAAGAGACUGUGCGGAGCUCAUUACUUUAGCGGUUGCUCAAAGAAGUGGCUUCUGGUCGGAGUGGGAGCAGUUCAAUUCGGCUGGGGCGAUCAGUGAUACUGGAGCUUGUCCACUUUUCAUUGAGCUGCCUGGGGACGGAGAGUUCCUACUGCAGGAUCUUGUGGAUAGAUGGAGCCGCCGUGACGCUGGCAGGUAUCUCACUACGUGUGGACCCCUACUGCUGCAGUUGGGUCGUAGCACUGAGUACGGCAAGAAUACAUGCGGAGUUGCAUUUGACUCUCCUGUUCUUUUCCCUGUGCUUGGCGAAGCUGGCGUUAUGCCCAGAUCCUACUCUGCUGUCUCAGGUGUGGUACAUGUUGGAGAGCGCGUUACGUCUGGGCAUUACCGGGAGCAGGAGAUGGCCUUCUGGGAUAUGUGGCAGAAAUCUCAGCGUUCCAGCAUGGACACUGAAGGCUCUACUGCCGCGGGCACGGAGGCACCGAACCAGGAGGAUGGGGCGUCGCAGCACCCAGAUGCAACUCCGUCGAAGUACGCCAAGCCCGCCUCGAAGGGUGCUGGACACAACAGCGGACGUGGCAAGGGCAAACGCUCCACUGACAAGGAUGGUGGAUCGAACCAGACCUGGCGUGACAAGUCUUCUUGGAGCUGGCAGGGAUCUGGCGGUUCAUCUGGUGGCCGCAUUCAGGCUCUCGAGAACCAGGUGCAAUGCCUCACCAGACUGGCCUUGCGCCAUGAGGAUGCUCUGGGGCUGCUACGCAGCGAGUUUUCCUUUGUCAUCCAUGCCAAGGUGAGCACUCCGACUUCGGUUGUCCGCACGCUGUUUACGAUGCAGCAAGAGUGGAGAAUGCUUCGUGAAAAGGACCCGUCCAAACUCACCGGACCCCUUCGCGUAGCGCUUCUUGGCUGUCUCUUUCGUGAACUUCAGUGCCGCAUGGAGCAGUUACUUCAGGACGAGAAAAUGCGGCAGACAUGGAUCGAUAUGGAGUGGCUCUCCCAGGAUGCUGGAUUCUUUCCGUACUUAAAGUACAAUCAGGAGACGAAGCGGCAUGAGCCUGAAAAAAUGCGACCAGGUCUUCCUACUCCUGUGCUCAGGGAGCAUAUCAGUGAGGUUGUGAAGAACAUUCCAGCCCAGGGUGCUUUGGCGAGGUAUCACCCUUUGCGGCCGCUAACAGAAACGAUGGCUGGGGAGUCACUGGUUUUUCUUCUCCAAACGGGGAUUGGAUCUGAUGCUGCCCAGAGUCUAAGCCUCCACCUUCGGACGCUGAUUGGGCGCAGCGUCACACAACUUUGUUCUUUCUCCACACAGGCAGAUAAGAUACAGCGUUCUGGCCUGGCCAUGCAGAUUUCUAAGAGCCUGCAGUAG